AUGUCAGGAGGUACACGUAUUCCUACUAUUCAUAAAUUGCUUGUAGAAGAUGAUUAUAAAUUAAGGGAAAAGGAUUUAUAUUUAACUUAUAUUGAGUUUAGUAAACCGUGUGUUCCAGGGGAUGAUAUUAACUGUUCGGAUAUAUUAGCUGAGUCUUUAAAUGGAAGAAUGAGAAAGUUAUAUAAACAAUUUGUUCAUAAUUUCCAUAAACUAAAAGAUACGGAAAACCUUUUUAAACGUAUAAAUGGUAUGGAGAAAAAAGGAUGCACAUAUUUAAAGUAUUGGCUUUACGACCGAUUUAUAUAUAAUAAGUAUAGUGAUGAUGAUAUUCAGAGUUUCUUUAAUUCCUGGGAGUUAUCAAUGAAAAGUUUGUUUGAUGAACAAUGCGAAUGCAAACUACAUAGAAUGAACUUAGAUGAACUUCAAAGGAUUAAAAAUUUAUAUGAUUAUUUUUUAUUCUAUGAUGGGUAUGGUUCCGUUGAUCUUGUUAGUCAUAAAAUAUAUAGCAGCUCUUAUUGUAGUUAUCUACAAGGAGCUGAAAAUAUAUAUAAUAACAUGAAAAUUGAGUGUGUAGAUAAUAAUAAAGAAUAUUGCAAAGAAUUUAAUGAUUUACGUAAACAUAUUAACGUUGAUAUGAAUAAAAUUAAGAUUAUUUUAUUUAAAGGGAAUUGCAAGAAUGAGAUAACUGGUACAUUUAAAAAAACUAACGAACCAAAAAACAUGUUGAUUAAUCCUCUUCUAAAAGGACUAAUAGAAAACGAAAACUUGGAGCAUGUACCUUUAUAUGAAUUUUAUAAAUUGAUAAAUAAGGUCGCUAAUGAAAGUAUCGAACAUGAUAUUUGUAAUGUUGUUAUACCUAGUAACACAAUAAACGGUGGUUAUCUUCGUAAAUAUUGCAAUCUGAUUAAGCUAUUAUUAAAAGAGUGGGAUAGUAAUUCACAUAUAGUAGAAAAAAGUGAAGAUAAGAAUAAGAUUUGUGAAUAUUUUAGCUACUGGAUACGUCAAGAAAUAAAAGAAAAGAAAUAUCGUAACAUGUUUUUAAAAUUACUUCAUUUAUUUAGGGGUUUUCCAAAUAAUGAGAAUAAUAAGUGUAUAAUUAAAUUCUUUAACGUUGGUGAAAAUGAAUUUAAAAAGAAGAAAGCUUUACAUGAGUUUUUAGAAUUCUUUGAUAUUAUAAUAAAUAAAAUGAGCAAUGGAAAAGAUGAAAAGGUUGAUAAAUGUUGCGAAUAUAUAAAGUCUAAUUUUCAAUUAUACUAUCUUAUGUUACAAGAAGAUAAAUGUAAAAAAUCAUCAAAAUAUGAAGAUGAAAUAUUACUUUUUCAAGAGAAAUUUCGUGUAGGGGAUGACAUAUCUACUGUAGAGGAGAAAUGUUCUUGUAAUUAUCUAGAUUUAUUGUAUAAAGAUGAUCUUGAAAAUAAAUAUUCGAGUCCUACUGGAUCUGCAGAAUUUCAGGCAGAAGCACAUGAUCCUAAUCAAGAUAACGUUGCUCAUACAGGAGUUGAGUUUAAAGGAAUAUCUCCUGAAAUUCAAGAAGUCAUGAAAGAACUCCCUUUAAGUAAAAUAUAUGAUGAAAUGAAUGAUGAGAAAAAUAUUGAAAAUUAUUGCAGUGAUUGUAUGGACAUAUUGUUCUUAGAAUUGAAGUAUCCAGGUAUUAACAAGUUCUGUAGAUUGUUAUCAAAAAAUUUAAGAAAUUUAUCUGAAAGAGUAAAUGAAGAUAAUAAUGAUCGCUGUGAAUAUUACAAUCAUUGGGUAAUUGAUGAAAUAAAAAAAAGGUUUAAAAAAUACCUGAACACCUCUUUUGAUACACCAUUUGUUAAAAGUAUUCUUAAUGUUGUUUACAAUAUUAAUAAUAAGUUAGGAAAUAACCGUUGCAGUUUUAAUUUUAAUUUCGAUUCUGACUACGAUGAAUUGAGAGAAAUGAAAGAUUUGCAUGAUUUUUUUAAAAAUUAUAAAAAAAUUGAAAAUAGAGAAAAUUCUAUUAGUAUAGAAAAAGAUAAACUCUGUAAAUAUGUUAGUUAUAUAUACGAAUUAUAUAAGAAGCAUUUAAGGGACUGUUGUGAAUAUUAUGAACAAAGUAAUUACUAUGGGGAAUAUUGCAAGGAUUAUUUUAAAUGUGAUGUAAGUUAUAACCCUUAUAAUCUAUUAAAUAAAUUAGACUGUGUGGAAAAGGAACUAGCUGAUGAUUCAAAAAAUAUAUAUGAAAAAUCAACCACUGAUAGAAAAGUAAAAGUAUUCACUGAAACAUCUCUGGAACAAUAUAAAUCAUUAGUUUCUAAUAAUGCUUAUAUUUUUAAUAAUAUCAUUGAAGACCCAUUUUAUUUUAUUAUUACUUUUCUUUUCUCUCUUCUUGGAGUACUGUUUAUGUUUUUCGUCUUUUAUAAGUUUACUCCCUUCGGGAUAUGGGUAAAUAGAUCAUUAAAUAGAAGAAGCCUUAGGAAUAAGCAUCAACAAGUGCCUCCAAAGAAAUUCAAAAACAUUAAUUCGAAAUAUAGGAAUAUGAAAACACAAGGAAGACGACUAAAUAUAGUUUAUCAGUCUGCAUAA